AUGACCUCACCACAACCGACCCUCGUCUUCCUCGACAUCCGCAUAGGCGACCCUUCAGCACAAGCAGCAGCGCUCGACGCGUACAGCCGCGCAACCGCUUUCAUCGCCGCCAAAGGUGCGGCCCUGGGAGUGGAUGGGAAUGUAAAGCCGGAGGCGUUGGAGGAUUGGCAGAGGGAGAUGGUGUUGGAGGCUUACCAGGCGGAUCCGGUGUGGAGGGCUAAGGGUCCAAUAUCGGUAACACCACCGCCAUCCCUCCCCGGCGGCCGUCUCCACAUCCGUCUGCACACUACCACCGCCCCGAAAACCACCCUCAACUUCUCCACCCUCUGCACCGGCUCCAAAGGUCUCUCCAAAUCCACGAAGAAGCCCCUCCACUUCCUCAACACGCCCAUCCACCGUCUCAUCCCCUCCCACAUUGCUCAGGGCGGUGACAUUACCCGCCACGACGGCAGCGGCGGGGACAGUAUUUACUCCGGCACGUUCAACGACGAGAAGGACGGCUUGAAAGCCAAGUUCACACAACCUUUUGAUGGAUUGCCGGACCCGGUGAAGACGGGCGGGGUGUUCGCGAUGGCGAACUCGGGGAAGAAUAGCAAUACGUCACAGUGGUUUGUGACGUUACCCGGAGCCGAUACGAAGAGGAUAGAGAAGAUGAAUGGGAAGUAUGUGGUUUUUGGACAUGUUGUGCAGGGAUCGGAGGUUUUGCAGGUGCUGAAUGCGGUGCGGGUUGAGGGGGAGACACCGAAGGAGAGGAUUGAGGUUGUGGAUUGCGGGGUACUCGAGUAAGAUAGAUUUACAGCGGAAAUAUGCAAAUAUGAGAUCAGGACGUACAACAUGAACGGAUUCUGAAGGCAAAUAGAGUUUUUGGUUGAAGUCUAAACAGGCGCACAUCGUCUGUUGUGUUCUGUGUGGGCUGCUUGCUAUUAAAAAAAAAUACUACAUCUAAUAUAUGAUACAUGCCCCACACUGACUCCUAUCUGCUACUAAAGCGCAAGGAUAGAAUGUGCGUGGAUGUGCUCCGCGAAGAGGGUAUGAUAGUGCUCAAUGCUAUGCUCAAUGCGAAGUGCUGAAUGCUAUGAUAUGCGCCGACGCGGAGAUCCCGGACCCUGCGGUCGGCGUCU